AUGCCCAACGCCACUUCAGCAGUUACCUCUACACAAGCAAACGGUCACGCUUCUCCGCAGCCUUCCAAGAGGUCCGGUAAAAAGAACAGAAACAAGGGCUCAACUGCCAAUAAAGUGGAAAACGCUCAAGGUGACAAACACGGUCAAGAAGUUCCGACUACACCCGUCGAUAAGAACGUAAACGGUGUAAUUGAUACCGAAACGUCCGUUCCGGUCAGUUCAGGAAAUGAGUCUCCGGUCAUACCACAUGGGAGCGUUGACAAUGGUUCAGACCCUGCUAAUAAGAAUAAGUAUAUUGAAGUAGUUGCAAAGAGGUUACGAGCUGAGAAAAAGAGAAUGCUUAAAAUUGAAAAAGCGGAAGCGCUCCUUAACUCCGGACCAGAGGGAAAAUCGAAACUUCAUGCCGAGCAAUUACAGAAUUUGGAGAGGAAAAACGAAGUUUCGACAACUAUCAGAAUGUUCGAGGAAGUGCUGCAGAGUAUGGCCGUGAUUGAAGCAGAAGAAUUGAAGAAUAAGCUGAGACAAAAAAAGGCUCAGGAAGCUGAACGUGCACAGGCUAUUGAGCAAGCUCUGAAAGAACAGGAGGCAAAGACGAGUGUCGUUGAGCAUUUCAGAGAACUUCUCACUAAUAAGGCGGCGGAUUCUGUUGAGGAGGAAUUACGGCCGACAGUAAUUAAUGAAAUCAUGACACACGUAAGAAAGUUGAAAGACGGCGUUGAUGAAAUCAUAACCAGAGUUGAAUCUAAUGAAACAGAUGUUGAGACUUCGUCUGGAAUAACGUACGCAAAUAUUCACGCCUGGAGUGUGAAUCCUCCCAUAGAAGAAGACCCUGAAACUUUUCAGGAAUCGACGAAAUUUCAGACGGAAACCGAUACAAUUAUAGAAUAUGAUGGAACAGUCCCAGAAGAAACUUCUGCGGGAUCAUUAACAAGUGAAUAUGUUCAACAAGUGCAAACAGUAGAGAUAACGGAAACUACAAUAACUAAUGCCACUAUUACCGAACCGACACACAAAAGUCACGAAGACUCGGUUCCAAUAGACACUGUAGUUAUAACGGAUCAUUACACAACCGACUUUUCCACAGCGAUUCAACCUCUCAGCGAACACAAUUUAUUCACGAGUCGGCCUGAGGAACCCCAGACCACAAUCGCUCCAACGUCGACUGUCGAAGAACCAAUUAUGGUGCCUAUCAACGGUAAUGAGCAGGAGGAUAUACCUCAUGAUGCACAAGGUCAAACUCAACCCCAAGCUUUAUCGCAGCAACCUGUAGAUGGACGCACAGGAGAUCAAGGUCGUCGACAAUCUCAUCAUCAACGUAAACGACCGUCAAGAUUACAAUCUCAGCGUGGAGAUAGACAUUUUAAUACGCAACCGUUAUCGCCUAGUAGCCAUUCAAACCCUAAUCAACAGCUACAAGGGCAAGGCAACUUUUCACAACAGGGCGGUGGUUAUUCGGGGGGAAAUAGAAGUGGUUUUCAUGGACAGGGUUCACGCAAAGAUGGUGGAUAUCGAGAAGGUGGAUAUCGAGAAAGUGGAUAUCGAGAAAGUGGUUAUCGAGAAGGUGGAUAUCGUGGAUACAAGGAUUCACCACGAGAAGGCUCGUUUCGAGAUGGUCGUGGAAAUCCAGCACGAAAUCGAGAUAAUAAUGAGCAAUCGCAACUCGUAGAAAAAGAAUUUUCAAAACUCCGAGUCCAAGAAAGUCCGGAAUCAGCUUCGAAGCCGUCACAUUCUCUCGAGGAAGCGCUUUCUUCUACUAAUUCUGCACCCCCACAACGUCAAGAAAACGAGAAUGCUGCUAAUGAAUCACUAUACGAUCAACCGACUACAUCUGCCGUCUCAACCGAGUUGAAGGGGAAAGGAAAGGCCGUUGAUUUAGAUAACACGGUCACUAAUGCGUCAGAUAGCACAGCUGCUCCGUUGACCACACCUCCCAAGCCCACUAGAACAACGUCAAAAGACUCGGAAAAAGACUCUGUAGCCACCGAAUAUCAACUCAAAGCCCUCGAGUGGUUUGACAUUCGUUCACAUAAACUCAGAAAGGUGAAAAUUAUCACGCAGAACGAAAACGGACCAUGUCCGCUGUUGGCACUCUGUAAUGUUCUUAUACUACGCAAUGACAUAGAGAUACGGCCAUAUGAUCGACCUACCGUGUCUUACGAGUAUUUAGUAGAAUUACUGGGCGAUUAUCUGUUGAAGGUGAUACCUCAGAACGAGGCCGAAAUAAACCCAAAGAGUGGGGGAGACAAAAAAAAUAGCAACUCGCUAUUAAGACCAUCUCUGCACGACUAUCAGCACACGCUUGAUACCGCGCUCUCAAUAAUCCCCUCCUUGCAAACUGGCUUGGAUGUCAAUGUUCGUUUCAACUCGAUCCAUGGUUUUGAGCCAACUGCAGAACUGUCCGUGUUUGAUAUUUUCAAUGUAGAUUUAGUUCAUGGGUGGGUCGUUGACCCACAGGAAACGGAAUUUUGGGAUGUUUUGGUUGGCAAGUGUGGGAGUUAUAACAGAGCAGUAGAAUGCGUGGUUCGCGGAGAUCAUUUGGGAAAAGGUGUGGUAGUUGAAAACGUUGACAGAUCAAGCGGAUCAGACUAUGGGAAAUUUACUUCUGGUGACUCGUUGGAUGCCAAGGAUAAAGAGACUGUCAGAGAUGCCUUUGUGGUUUCCCAAUUUCUUGAUAGAACUGCUACCCAGCUCACCUAUCAUGACGCUAGUUUUGCCCACGAGAGAUCGAUUGUUUGGGAAUCGCUCAGAGAUGUCGACCAGGGUGCCUCAGAGUUUGUUAAUUGGCAAUUUGAAGCAGCUGAAAUUAGUGGCGGAGAUUAUGUUGAUGUAAACAAUAACGCUAGCAGCGAGAAUAUUGGUGGCGGCGAUCAAGACUAUGCUCUAGCGUUAAGCCUUCAAGAAGAAGAAGCUCAAGGCGCCGCUCGAGAAGCCGAGUUCCACAGACAACAAUUGAUUCAGAAGAAACGUCAACGAGAACAAGAAGCCCUGAGGCAACAACAGCUACAAGCACAAUUACAAAGGAAAGGCGAUUUCACGGGUGGUCGAUACCAACAGAAAAACAGCACAGACAGUGGUUCUCAAAAACGUAAAACUAGGCCACCAUCUGCAGCCCCCGAAAGCGAUUCCUCUUCAGAAGAAGAAUCUGCUACCGAAUCACUGUCGACGGAGGAUGCGUAUAUGUUUCCCUUGAUCGGAUCUGGAGUGUUAUUUGGAUUGUAUGUGAUAUUUCAACUCUUUAAUAAGGAGUAUGUCAACUACUUGGUUACCGCAUAUUUUGGCUUUUUGGGUGUUGCUGCAACUACUACCGUUGGUAUAUAUAUCGUAAAGAAGACCGGUAAUGUCAAAUUGGAUCCGUAUAAAGUCGUUGUGACUAGGAAGGCUAAAGAAAUUUAUAGAUUUAGUUUCUCUACUAUACAGCUUGGAGUGGCUGUGGGAUCGGUGUUUCUGACGGCAUACUAUGUACUGACAAAGAACUGGAUUGCUUCUAAUAUUCUGGGACUUUCCUUUGCGUUUAAUGGGAUUCAGAUGCUGUCUCUCGAUUCAUUUAAAACUGGUGUGGUUUUGUUGUCUGGGUUGUUUCUGUAUGAUAUAUUCUGGGUGUUUGGUACUGAAGUUAUGGUAUCCGUGGCUAAGAGCUUUGAUGCGCCCGUUAAAGUUCUGUGGCCCAAGCACUUGUUUGGUCUAGGAAGUGACAUUGCAGUUGAAACACCGCAAUUUACCAUGCUUGGAUUAGGCGAUAUUGUCAUACCUGGUAUCUUUGUCGCUUUAUGCCUUCGCCUUGACCAUGCUCUCUAUUUGAAAGAGAAUCCAAAUGCACAUAAAAACUCCAAGUAUCCAACAGUAUAUUUCAAGUCAUGCUUGGCUUCAUAUAUUGUCGGACUUGUCACAACAAUAAUUGUAAUGCAUACAUUCAAGGCAGCUCAACCGGCGCUUCUUUAUCUGUCACCAGCAUGCAUACUCUCGGUCUUUAUUACCGGUUCGAUCAAAGUAGUAAAGACCGAGAGUUCAAGUGAAGGCGGAGAAGAAGACGUCAAACUGAAACCUUCCGAUAACGGAGAUGGACCUGGCGCGGUAACUGGCGAAGAAGAUUACGUUGAAGUGACAUCAACGCGUAAUAGAAAGAGCAAGAGAGCGCUUAAAAAGAAAUAG